AUGGCUGAUUCUAUCCAGCCGAACGGUGGAAAUGAGGGAGCGGCCCCUCAGUUGGCAAGUAUAAUCCAAGCCCUCGAUGUUAUACAUUCGCCCGCAUCGACGAAUGAAGUCAGAAAGCAAGCUUCAGAGUAUCUCGAGCAGCAGAAGCAUGAAAAGUCAGCUAUACAAAAUGGCUACUUUCUGGCUGCGGAAAAGAGCCAUUCCCCUGUGGUCCAACAUUUUGGACUAUCGUUAUUGGAACAUGUUCUGCGGUACAGGUUCCUGGAGCUAUCUCCGGACGAACUGAUUCAUACCAGGAGGUUGGUUAUGAGCCUCGCUGAGGGGCUGAGAUAUCAAGAUCCACCUUAUAUUCGCAACAAGGUUGCCUCAUUAUGGGUGGAACUUGCAAAGCGAACCUGGGGCCUUGACUGGCGAGAGAUGGAUGAAUCGCUGGUACAGCUUUGGGGCGCGACUUUUGCGCAUAAAGAGCUUGUGCUGACGGUGCUGGAGACUUUAUCGGAAGAUAUAAUUCACCAAGAAGAUACAGCCUCGUCUCUCAGAGGUACAGAUUUAAAUAGGGCCCUUGUGGAAAUUUGCACACCGCAUGAGGUCUUCAAGGAGGCAUAUCCUACUAGGGAUCAUAACACCGAAAUUCGUUGCGGAAGUGAGGGCUGGCUUUUUAGGAUUUCGUCCUUCUUAGAUGACUGUGUACGGAACUUACAUGCCUCUACAGAGGCUAAAUCUUGUGCACUGAAGUGUUUAAGCUGUCUGCGUUCACUCGUUGCGUGGGCUAUACCAAUGGCAAUCGCUUCAUCCGAAUGUAUUACAGCAAUAUGUCGUGCCCUCGUAGUCGAGGAUGAUGCUAUUCUCCUAGCGGUAGUGGAGGCCUUGCAUUCAUUAUAUGGACGCUCAACAUAUGAUAUUGAGGAAUUUCAAAGGCUUGUGAACAUAAUAUAUCAAAAUGACCACCUCAACCUCCUCAGAAAAUUGUAUGAAUGGUCAAUUGUCAGCGCGGAUAACAUUGUCGAAUCAAAAUAUUCCAUAUCCAAGAAACUAUCUGAGUUAAUUUCCUACAUCUCAGGUUUCUUAGAGGAGAAAAACGUUGACUUUACGAAGUCUGUCGAUCUCCCUAGUUUCUUCUCCUUUCUCAUCAGCAUACUCCAGCAUCCUAGUCUUGUUGUAUCUAUACCAGUGCUUCAUUCAUGGUCGAGAUUACUAGCAUCAGAUCAGAUAGGCGGGCUCGAUGUCGUCAACAGCCUAAUAGGACAACUUUUGGAGAUCUGUUCACUGCGUCUUGUACGAUAUGAGGCUCUUCCAGAGGACUCUGAUGACCCAACCGUUAUAUUCCUCAGCGAGGAUAUUGAUACAAUACCAGAGCGCCAUGCCUUUGUUGGCAAUUAUCGACGGUACUGUAGUCAGGUAAUUGAGGUCAUUGUCCAGAAGCACACACUUGAAGCAAUUCCUCACAUUCUUUCCCGAGUGGACAAUGAUCUGAAUAACAUAUAUGCAGGAAUCGCUUCAUUUGAUGUGGCUACAUUCCAGAAACAAUCAAUACCUUCUUUACGCGCAGACAUUCAAUUUACGGUGGUUGAAGCAAUGUUGAAGGGCUAUCUCAAAUGGAAAGGAUCAUUGGGCUCUAAUCCACAAGAUGAUGAACAACAGCGUCUAGACCUAGAGGGCACACUUGAAAGCUGGGCCAUGGGACUUAUGGGCCGUAAUUUUGAGGAUCCAUGCAUAAAACAACGAGUGCUACGGUUAUGUGUUGAUAUUUCAGCAAAGGCACUGGUUGAUCGGCCAAGCUACGCACUUAAAGUCCUCGAGCACAUAUUGAUGGUCCAAAUUCCUGACCUCCCAGAACAUACGGCAUAUUCUGAGUCGGUGAAAGAGCUUUACAGUAUGGCUACGUAUGAAAUCAGGAGGCUUGCAAUUAGAUACGCCGACUACUUUGCAAACUACUACGAACCGUUAGAACAAAAAGCGCAAGAAAUUGGAAAAAGACCAAAUGAUGAAGGGCGUCCCCAGAUGGAGUUAUCUGCUAUUCUGCUUAUUAUAAUGCAACGCGCUCGGAAUGUGGAUCCAUAUCUUCGACAAACCCGGUUACAUUCGUUUAUUGACCCUAUCAAACAGUCGUGGGCUAACCAAGAACUGAAACUGAUGCUGGGCUCAUUUAAGGGAUUCUAUGAGAUUCUUGGUUUGGAUAGGGUACGCCCUUAUCUUCAGAAACGGGAAGCGCAGAAGAUAGAUGAUUGGACCGCGGUUCCUCUAGAUACAGAAGGGAUACAUAUCCAGGAGCACUUGAGCAAAAAGUUUCAGGAAUUACCCCUACGUUCUACUCGCACACUACUUGCUGUAUCAACAGAAAAGGUGAAGAGGGACGAGCCAGCAUACCAGAUCGCUGUCGACCUAUGGAAAGAUGCUAUCCCCAUAAUUUUGCCUACUGUUCUACAGCUAAUUAGUCAUGCCCAUGCUUUUCACAACCCUGAUAACUGGGAAGGACUUCCUCAGGAUAUGCGCCCAGUUGUUGGACGAAUUUUAACCGACAGAUUUUGGCAAGCCGGUAUCUCGAGUGGGAGUAGACAAGAAUUUUAUUCCAAAAUAGCUGGAUCAAAAGUCACUUUAGAAGGGCUCUCAUCGUCUGUCCGUGGAAAAGUGAGAGCAGUCAGGGAAGCUUGCUACUCGGUUCUUUUUAGCAUGAGCAGGCUAGAAGAUUGCUUCUAUGGAUUCCAUGAGCUACCCACCCCUCUAUCACAAGCCCUUUAUAAAGACGCUUUCUCCCUGUCAUCACAUCAGUUUUCGGUCCUACUAAAUAUCUCGCGAUGUCUUAUAGAUGACUGCCCAUCCGCUAUCCGCGCAAGUUUUCUGCCUCCAAUGAUGUCGGCACUAUUUGCGCAACUUGAUACGAAGGUUACUGGCGAGUGGGAUAUCAUCCAACGUCGAAGGAUAGGUGUUGUUGAUGAUGAUCUCACCGAAGAAAUGAAAGAUGAGAGUAUCCUUAGACAGCUAACAUACUCCGCAGUUAUUAUGGUGGCUAGCUUUCUAGACCCUCAGCGAGAAGGCGUGCACCAAGACAGUUCGAAAAUAGGCGAACCCGAAGUGGGUGAAAGGAGGGAACCCGAAACAAUGCGAACGUUCAUCCUAUCUUCCACUCAGAUCCUUGAACCGGUUCUUUUGUUCUGUACACAUGCCUUGCAAAUGCAUGAUACUCGCUGUUGCACGAUUAUAACUCGUGUCAUUCGGUCUAUAUUAACUGAAUUUGUUCCUGCUAUUGACACACCAACAGCGGCUACAAUUCGUGAGUUUAUCAGCAGUGAAGUCUUGAAAGCAUGCAUAAACUCCGUGCAUGACCCAUAUUUUGUGGAUAUGCAAAAGGAUUUAGCACAGCUCAUUUCCUCUGUCUGGAUCUUAUAUGGCCCUACUACAAACACACCGCGGUCUAUCAUUAUGAGCUUACCAGGCAUGGCAGAGCAAAAGGUGAAGGCAGCAGAGGAAGCCCUGCACAAUUCGACUUCAAGCCGACAGCAAAAGGCUAUCAUAUUAGAUCUUCUAGAGGGUGUGAGGGGCGUGAGGAUUAGCGAGCAAGGGCGAAUUUUGGGUACAGCGGCUAACCGUAGGAAGGAACGCAGUGCAAUGCAAGCGCGGUAUAUGACUACAGAAAUGGAGGGACAGGAGACUAAGAAAGUUGAUAUAAAUGAUGGAGCAGACCUGGCGUUUGUGGCCGAUAUGUUUGAUCAGGCUUAG